CGAAAGCCAUGGUCCCCCUCGGGGCCCUCCGGCCUCUACUGUUCCUGGCGGUCGCCCAGGCGCUGCUCCUCGUCGCCACCGUCCAAGCUCAGGACCAAGGAAGCCGGGAGGCGGGCGGCUGCGUGCAGGACGGGCAGCGCUAUAACGAUAAGGACGUGUGGAAGCCCGAGCCCUGCCGCAUCUGUGUCUGCGACACGGGGACCGUCCUCUGCGACGAGAUAAUCUGCGAAGAGAUGCGGGACUGCCUCAACCCCGAGAUCCCCUUCGGAGAGUGCUGUCCCAUCUGCCCGACUCACCCGCCCGCCGCCAGUGCUCCAGUGUCUCGCUCUGCGUUUCAGGGACAGAAAGGAGAACCCGGAGACAUUAAAGAUGUUGUAGGCCCCAAAGGACCCCCAGGACCCCAGGGCCCUGCAGGAGAACAGGGACCCAGAGGAGACCGUGGGGACAAGGGUGAAAAAGGAGCUCCUGGACCUCGUGGAAAAGAUGGCGAGCCUGGAACCCCCGGAAACCCUGGCCCACCUGGACCCUCUGGGCCUCCCGGCCCCCCUGGCCUUGGAGGAAACUUUGCUGCUCAGAUGGCGGGCGGAUUCGACGAGAAGGCUGGAGGAGCCCAGAUGGGCGUCAUGCAAGGCCCCAUGGGCCCCAUGGGACCCCGAGGCCCACCUGGCCCAUCAGGCUCUCCUGGACCUCAAGGUUUCCAGGGCAACCCUGGUGAACCCGGCGAACCCGGCGUCUCCGGCCCCAUGGGUCCCCGAGGCCCGUCCGGACCCCCUGGGAAACCCGGCGAUGACGGUGAAGCUGGAAAGCCUGGAAAAUCUGGAGAACGGGGUCUUCCUGGCCCCCAGGGUGCUCGCGGCUUCCCAGGGACCCCCGGCCUCCCCGGUGUCAAAGGUCACAGGGGUUACCCCGGCUUGGAUGGUGCCAAGGGAGAGGCUGGUGCUCCAGGGGUCAAGGGUGAAGGCGGUUCCCCCGGAGAAAACGGCUCCCCCGGUCCCAUGGGACCCCGCGGCCUCCCUGGAGAGAGAGGACGGAACGGACCUGCCGGUGCUGCGGGCGCUCGAGGCAACGACGGUCAGCCCGGCCCGGCCGGUCCCCCGGGACCCGUAGGCCCAGCUGGUGCUCCUGGAUUCCCCGGCGGCCCUGGCUCCAAGGGUGAAGCCGGCCCCACAGGUGCCCGCGGCCCUGAAGGUGCCCAGGGCCCACGAGGCGAAUCUGGAACUCCCGGCUCCCCCGGCCCCACUGGAGCUUCUGGGAACCCUGGAACAGACGGUAUCCCCGGAGCCAAGGGGUCUGCGGGCGCUCCUGGCAUAGCUGGCGCCCCCGGCUUCCCCGGCCCCCGUGGCCCUCCUGGACCUCAAGGUGCCACUGGUCCCCUGGGCCCGAAAGGCCAGACGGGAGAACCCGGAGUGGCAGGAUUCAAAGGCGAAGUUGGUCCCAAGGGAGAACCUGGACCUUCAGGCCCUCAAGGAGCACCAGGUCCAGCUGGCGAAGAAGGCAAGAGAGGAGCCCGGGGAGAACCUGGAGCAGCUGGACCUCUGGGCCCACCUGGCGAGAGGGGAGCUCCAGGCAACCGCGGUUUCCCAGGACAGGACGGUCUGGCCGGACCCAAGGGAGCCCCUGGCGAGCGUGGACCCAGCGGCCUAGGUGGACCCAAAGGAGCCAACGGUGACCCCGGCCGCCCCGGCGAACCCGGCCUCCCGGGUGCCAGGGGUCUCACUGGGCGCCCCGGAGAUGCUGGUCCUCAAGGCAAAGUUGGACCUUCUGGAGCUGCUGGCGAGGACGGCCGCCCCGGUCCCCCGGGCCCUCAGGGAGCUCGCGGACAGCCUGGCGUCAUGGGCUUCCCCGGUCCCAAAGGUGCCAGCGGUGAAGCCGGCAAGGCGGGAGAGAAAGGACUGCCCGGCGCUCCUGGGCUCAGAGGUCUUCCCGGCAAAGAUGGAGAAACAGGCGCUUCCGGCCCCCCAGGACCUGCAGGCCCCGUUGGCGAACGGGGAGAGCAGGGAGCUCCCGGCCCCUCCGGCUUCCAGGGACUCCCUGGUCCUCCCGGCCCCCCUGGAGAAGGAGGAAAACCAGGUGACCAGGGUGUUCCCGGCGAAGGUGGUGCUCCUGGCCUUGUGGGCCCCAGGGGCGAGCGAGGUUUCCCUGGAGAACGAGGCUCUCCCGGCGCUCAGGGGCUUCAGGGAGCCCGUGGCCUCCCUGGAACACCAGGCACCGAUGGACCCAAGGGUGCCACCGGCCCAGCUGGACCCAACGGAGCUCAGGGCCCCCCAGGUCUGCAGGGGAUGCCCGGCGAGAGGGGCGCGGCAGGCAUUUCUGGCCCGAAGGGAGACAGAGGCGACGUCGGCGAGAAAGGCCCGGAAGGAGCCCCCGGCAAGGACGGCGGAAGGGGUCUGACAGGCCCCAUCGGCCCUCCCGGCCCCGCUGGACCCAAUGGCGAGAAGGGUGAGUCCGGGGCCCCCGGUCCCUCCGGCACGGCUGGCGCUCGUGGAGCUCCGGGUGAGCGUGGUGAGACUGGUCCUCCAGGCCCCGCUGGGUUCGCCGGUCCCCCUGGUGCCGACGGCCAACCUGGUGCCAAGGGUGAGCAGGGACAGUCUGGGCAGAAGGGAGAUGCCGGUGCCCCUGGUCCUCAGGGCCCCUCUGGAGCCCCUGGCCCUCAGGGUCCCACUGGUGUGAAUGGUCCCAAAGGAGCCCGCGGUGCCCAGGGCCCCCCGGGCGCCACUGGAUUCCCCGGAGCUGCCGGCCGCGUCGGACCCCCAGGCUCCAAUGGUAACCCCGGUCCCCCUGGCCCCCCUGGAGCUUCCGGCAAAGAUGGCCCCAAAGGCGCAAGAGGAGACGGUGGCCCCCCAGGCCGCGCUGGAGACCCUGGACUUCAAGGCCCGGCUGGUGCCCCCGGAGAGAAGGGCGAGCCCGGAGACGACGGUCCCUCAGGUCCCGACGGCCCCCCCGGCCCUCAGGGCUUGGCUGGUCAGAGAGGCAUCGUGGGACUGCCCGGUCAGCGGGGCGAGAGAGGCUUCCCCGGCCUGCCAGGCCCUUCGGGUGAGCCUGGAAAGCAGGGAGCUACUGGAGGGGCCGGAGACCGUGGACCCCCCGGCCCCGUGGGCCCCCCUGGCCUGACUGGACCUUCUGGCGAACCUGGACGUGAGGGCAACCCCGGCUCUGACGGCCCCCCCGGCCGCGACGGCGCUGCUGGAGCCAAGGGCGAUCGGGGAGAGACCGGACCCCUCGGUGCUCCCGGGGCCCCCGGAUCCCCCGGCUCUCCUGGCCCCGUCGGCCCAACUGGCAAGCAGGGCGACCGCGGAGAGACUGGAGCUCAAGGCCCCAUGGGCCCAUCCGGACCGGCCGGAGCCCGGGGAGUUGCGGGUCCCCAAGGUCCCCGCGGAGACAAAGGUGAGGCUGGCGAGGCUGGCGAGAGAGGUCUGAAGGGCCACCGAGGCUUCACCGGACUUCAGGGUCUUCCCGGACCCCCGGGUCCUUCUGGAGACCAGGGAAUCUCCGGUCCUGCUGGUCCUUCUGGUCCCAGGGGUCCUCCCGGCCACGUGGGCCCCUCUGGCAAAGAUGGCUCCAACGGCAUCCCAGGCCCCAUCGGUCCCCCCGGCCCCCGUGGCCGCUCCGGAGAAACCGGCCCUGUGGGUCCCCCCGGCAACCCCGGCCCGCCCGGCCCUCCCGGCCCUCCGGGACCCGGCAUCGACAUGUCGGCCUUCGCCGGGCUGGGUCAGCGCGAGAAGGGCCCCGACCCCAUGCAGUACAUGCGGGCCGACGAGGCGGCCGGCGGCUCACGGCCGCACGACGCCGAGGUGGACGCCACCCUCAAGUCCCUCAACAACCAGAUCGAAAGCCUCCGCAGCCCCGAGGGCUCCCGCAAGAACCCCGCCCGCACCUGCCGCGACCUGCAGCUCUGCCACCCCGACUGGAAGAGCGGAGACUACUGGAUCGACCCCAACCAAGGCUGCACGCUGGACGCCAUGAAGGUUUUCUGUAACAUGGAGACGGGCGAGACCUGUGUGUACCCCAACCCAGCCAGCGUCCCCCGCAAGAACUGGUGGAGCAGCAAGGGCAAGGACAAGAAGCACGUCUGGUUCGGCGAGACCAUCAAUGGCGGCUUCCACUUCUCCUACGGCGACGAGUCCCUGGCCGCCAACACGGCCAACGUCCAGAUGACCUUCCUGCGGCUGCUGUCCACCGAGGGCUCCCAGAACAUCACUUACCACUGCAAGAACAGCGUGGCCUACCUGGACGAGGCGGCCGGCGGCCUGCGCAAGGCCCUGCUGCUCCAGGGCUCCAACGAGGUGGAGCUCCGCGCCGAGGGCAACAGCCGCUUCACCUACAGCGCCCUCGAGGACGGCUGCACGAAACACACCGGCAAGUGGGGCAAGACCGUCGUGGAGUACCGGACCCAGAAGACGUCACGCCUGCCCAUCGUGGACAUCGCGCCCCUGGACAUCGGGGGGCCCGAGCAGGAGUUCGGCGUGGACAUCGGCCCCGUCUGCUUCUUGUAGAGCCCCCCAGCCCCGAACCCGUCCGUCACCGUCCGGCCCGCGGCCCCGAGGACUCUGCCCUCUCUGACCUCGCCCUUCUCCCCCCAACCUCGCCCGCCGCCCCCAGGACUCGCGCCCCGGCCCCCCUCGCCCACCCGCCGGGGCCGCCUCGCCCCCGAGACGGCGGACCCACCGACCCCGGGGGAAUCCCAUUUAUUUAUUGUCUUCCCGGAAGACUGUUGGGCCGAGGCCGAGGCGGGAGAAGACCUGGCGUGAGCUCGAAGCCCCCACACCCCGUGGCCGCCCGGCCCCGGCGAGACCCCGUCCCCCGCGUGUCCGGCGGGGCGGCCCAAUGGUGCUACUCUGUGUCAAACACCUCUGUAUUUUGUAAA